CUGAUUCAAGCGACAGCAAUGAUAACGAUGCUGAUUCAAGCGACGGCAACGACGCCGAUUCAAGCAACACUAACAAUGCUAAUUCAAACGAUAACAGUAGUAAUGCUGAUUCUAACGACAACAAUGACACUGAUUCAAACGACAACAAUGACGAUAAUACUGAUUCAAACAAUGAUCAAGAUGGCUCUACUGAUACUACACCUACUACUGAUCAAGGUGUCUCACAAAGUAAUCCUACUGAUAGUAUUUAUGCUACCAACAACGGCAAUACCAACAACGGCAAUACCAACAACGGCAAUACCAACAACGGCAAUACCAACAAUGGCAAUACAGAUAUCUUCAACCCAGAAUUAGCAGCUCAAAAUGACAAUAGUAACAAAGCUCUGGGCAUUGGUCUCGGUGUUGGUAUUGGCUGUAUUGCUGCUCUUGGCUUAGCAGGUUUGUUAGUCCAUAAUCGUCGUAAAAAGAAAGCUUCUUUUGAUGAAAUAGAAGGUGAUCAAGUCCCUACGCGUUGGCGUCCUCAGAGUUUUAUGGGCGUCGUUGCUUCUGUUGUGUCUAAAUUACCUCGAUCACCUUCUCAGCGCAGUAAAGCAUCUACUGAUUUACUAGGUGGUACUGGUGUUGCCAUAGGUCAUGGAGAAGGAGCAGUUGAACCUACUGUUAUCUCCCAUAGCAAUCGACAGUAUUAAAUGAGAAAUAAAAUUAAAUUUUCUGUAAA